GAGCAGCACCAACAGUCGCAGGGGGCAGUACUGCAACUCCUUGAGCGAGUUGAAAAGGCCGAUGUGCCUGAGAAGGAGUGGAGCUAUUCACUGCCGGUGAUCCAAUACCGUCUUGAACAGGCGGAUGGCGACCUAUCUCCGCAGGUGCUUGUCGAUGAGGCAGACGAUAUCCUCGACCCGCCGCAACCCGGCGAAAACUCGAUGUUCAGGAAUGCAGAUGCAAAGGCUGGUCAGGAGGCCUCAAGGACCUCGAAAUCCUCACCAGACCGGAAGUCG